UCGCCGGGGACUUUCCCAGGGGUAGGGCGGCCCUGCCCCCAACACUUCCUCGUCCGCAGCGCGGUCCCCCUACCCGGCCCGGGAACCCGCAGAGUGCUGAAGGGCCGGACAGUGGCCGCGGCCGAUAACCCGUCCCUGCAUCCGUGGCUGGACGCAGAGGGGGAGGGCGGUGUGUCCCUGGGCCCCCAACCUCAGCCCCGUGGGCGCCACGGCAGGGCUUGAGCCACCCUCAUGGAAGGGAGAGGACCAUACCGGAUCUACGACCCCGGGGGCGGCCUGCCUCUGGGAGAGGCUUCCGCAACUUUUGAGCGCCUAGUGGAGGAGAAUUCCCGCCUGAAGGAAAAAAUGCAAGGGAUAAAGAUGUUAGGGGAGCUUUUGGAAGAGUCCCAGAUGGAAGCAUCCAGACUGCGGCAGAAGGCAGAGGAGCUGAUCAAGGACAGCGAGCUGCUCCCAACGCCGUCUCCCUCGCUGGCUUCCUAUGACCACCUGGCUGAGCUCGCAAGAAAGGAUGCAGGUGGUCCAGCACCGCCCGCUGACCCUGCACACCCCAGCGACAAACCUGAGCCGGUCCAAAAACCUCCAUCCAGCGGCACCUCCUCCGAAUUUGAAGUGGUCCCCGCCGAUGACCAGACUUCUCCCCCAGCAAGCGGCGGCCACGCCAGAAACACAAAGGUGUUGGGUCCCCUGCCUCACGAGGACAGCAACCUGAUGCUGCAUUUGCAGCGCCUGGAGAGCACACUGAGCGUGUGUGCCGAGGAGCCGGACCACAGCCAGCUCUUCACGCACCUGGGCCGCAUGGCCCUAGAGUUCAACCGGCUGGCCUCCAAGGUGCACAAGAAUGAGCAGCGCACCUCCAUCCUGCAGACCCUGUGUGAGCAGCUUCGGAAGGAGAACGAGGCCCUGAAGGCCAAGCUGGACAAGGGCCUGGAACAGCGGGAUCAGGCUGCUGAGAGGCUGCGGGAGGAAAACCUGGAGCUCAAGAAGUUGUUGAUGAGCUGCGGCAAAGAGGACACCUGUGGGCAGCCAGGCUCACCAAAGACGGAAGGCGUAGGCAAGAAGGGGGUGGCCGGACACCAGCAGGCUUGUGCGGCAGCAGGGAAGAGCCCAGAGGUGGGGGCCUUGGGUGCAGCUGAGAAGAAGGUAAAGAUGUUGGAGCAGCAGCGCACUGAGUUGCUCGAAGUGAACAAGCAGUGGGACCAGCAUUUCCGGUCUAUGAAGCAGCAGUACGAGCAGAAGAUCACUGAGCUGCGCCAGAAGCUGGCGGACCUCCAGAAGCAGGUGACUGACCUGGAGGCCGAGCGAGAACAGAAGCAGCGUGACUUUGACCGAAAGCUCCUCCUGGCCAAGUCUAAGAUCGAAAUGGAGGAGACUGACAAGGAGCAGCUGACAGCAGAGGCCAAGGAGCUGCGCCAGAAGGUCAAGCACCUGCAGGAUCAGCUGAGCCCGCUCACACGGCAGCGGGAAUACCAGGAAAAGGAGAUCCAGAGGCUCAACAAGGCCCUGGAGGAAGCCCUGAGCAUCCAGGCCUCCCCUUCCUCUCCGCCAGCAGCAUUUGGGGGCCCAGAAGGAGCUGGCGGCCUCCUACGGAAACAGGAGCUGGUCACGCAGAACGAAUUGCUGAAACAGCAGGUGAAGAUCUUUGAGGAGGACUUCCAGAGGGAGCGCAGCGAUCGAGAACGCAUGAAUGAGGAGAAGGAAGAGCUGAAGAAGCAGGUGGAGAGACUACAGGCCCAGGUCACCUUGUCCAAUGCCCAGCUAAAAGCAUUCAAAGAUGAGGAGAAGACAAAAGAAGCCCUCAAACAGCAGAAGAGGAAAGCAAAGGCCUCGGCGGAGCACUACCACAUGGAGCCCCACCCAGAGCACCUGUGCGGGGCCUACCCCUACGCCUAUGCGCCCAUGCCAGCCAUGGUGCCUCACCAUGGCUAUGAGGACUGGUCCCAGAUCCGCUACCCCCCGCCCCCCAUGGCCAUGGAGCACCAACCCCCACUCCCAAACUCACGCCUCUUCCACUUGCCAGAAUACACCUGGCGGCCGCCCUGCGGCGGGAUGCGCAACCAGAGCUCCCAAGUGAUGGACCCACCCCCAGCCAGGCCUGUAGAGCCAGAGUCUACGAAAAAUGACCGUGAGGGGCCUCAGUGAGACCAGAUUCUGUCACUUGACUCCACCCCGUCUUGCAGGAUCUCCUGAUCUCAGAUGCUGAAAAACUGGAGGCCGUGUUCCCUGUGUGGCCAGAGCCUUCACUGGAUGGGAGGCUGAGGGGCUCCUGGGUUGUGCCCCAGACCAGCCUAAGCCGUUUCCAGACUAGAGAGGCUCCACACAGAAGGCUUCCAUUUGGCCCAUCCUUUGGAGCCACGAGGAGAUACUCACCGCCUAGCAUGGACCAAGUGGAGAGAGGCCUCAUCCGACUUUGACCUGCCAUGCUCUGUGGAAUCACUGGGGGACUUCAGUCUGAAGAGUGGGGUACAGCUGAGACCCUUCCCUUUCAAAACUUCCCCGGAAGUGGUCCCAGCCCCUCUGUGGAACAUGUUCAAUUCACAUGUGUGUUGAAUUUUUGCUUCAAGCCCUGUAGUAGCAGGACCUGCCCCAUGCCCAAGCCUCCCCCCCACCCCCGAGGAGCUCCAAGAAGAACGAGUUUGCUCUCAGAAGCAGAAGACAAAUGUUCUGUCACAGGGCCCUCCACUUCCACCCACAGCAGCCUUGCCAGCACCGUGGCAGCCUGGGAUGAAGGCCACGCCAGCCACCCAUGCCGAGGGGCCCACCAUGAGGAUGGCAGACCCUCGGCCCUACAUUGAAGGCUUGGGGUGCCAGAGGACCAGAUCAAGGUGGCUGGCUGUCCCUGGCCAGCUGUUUGCACGAAUCUUGGACAUAAAUCCAAGUUGAAGAUCA